GGGAGGGAGGGAGACCAGUAGCAGCAGCCAGCAGCGAGCGCGCCCACGCCACGAUACCCCGCCGCCGCGGCCACUGCGAGCUGCUGCUGCCGCCGCGGCCACUGCGAGCUGCUGCUGCCGCCGGGUCGGGGGAUGGAGAGGGACCCCACCGCGUUCUACCCGCCGGCGCAGCCCGUGCCGGCCGCACCAGCUGCGGCGGUGGCGGGCGCUGGCGGCUUGGGGGCCGCCGCGGUGGGAGGGAACGCGCGCGGCGGCGGCGGCGGCGGAGGAGGAGGAGGCAGGCAGUACCGCGGCGUGCGGAUGCGGAAGUGGGGCAAGUGGGUGGCCGAGAUCCGGGAGCCCAACAAGCGGUCGCGGAUCUGGCUCGGGUCCUACUCCACCGCCGUCGCGGCGGCGCGGGCCUACGACACGGCGGUCUUCUACCUCCGCGGCCGCUCCGCGCGGCUCAACUUCCCCGACCAGCUCGACGGCGCCGCGGUGGCCGAGCGCCCCGAGGGCCACAAGGACGGCGCCGCGGGGCUCACCGCCGCCGCCAUCCGCAAGAAGGCGGCCGAGGUCGGCGCACGCGUCGACGCGCUCCACUGCGGCGUCGGCGCCGGCGCUCACCCGCCCCCGCCGCUGUCAUCCCACCACCGCCGCCGUCCCAAGAACCCCGACCUCAACCGGGAGCCGACCCCGGACACCUCCGACGACGAGUGAAGCGCGCUGAUUUUGCCUUCUCUUCCUCCUCCUCCAUCUACUAGUCUCUAGUCCUUAGGCAACAACUACUCACCCGAGGAGUAGCUAGCUAGCUAGCCAGCCAGUAGUAGCAGUAAGCAAGCAACCAGAUAGCGUGGCGCCAGGCCAAACGGAUGGGCGUGGCGGAAGCAACGCAAGGUGUUCGGUGGAAUGGGGAUGAGCUCGGAGGUAGCCAAUAAUGGAGCCGCGACGUCGCCGUCAGGGAGGGAAGCCGUAGUGAGCAGGAGGGAGCCUAGGGUCGUGUGCGAGCUGUGCCGUUUGGGCCGGAGGCGAUGUCGACGGGCAGCGACGGCGACGGCUCGAGCAGGGGCAGGAGACACAGACGGGGGCGUGGGUGCGUGUCAGUGUGUGUGGGCAUGUAGCUAAGCAAGGACGGCUAUGUACCUCUCCCCUUCACUUCACAUAAAGAUGUGUGUGUAAAGAAGAAGAAAAGAUACCCGGCAAGCAAGAUCGACAAGAGCUUCAUAAAUCUUUUGCUUGCUUUGUGUUUGUGA